GUCAGUGAUUUCUGAGAUGCUACUGGUGAUAGUCUGUUUAUUAAUUACACCCCCGUCAAUUCGACUAUGAGGAAUAAAUUAUACAAUUUAAAGCUGUUAUUUCUCGUGAAUCUAGUCUAUUCCCAUGGGGUUGUUGGGUACAACCCCGUGGUCAUCAUCCAUGGGGUUCUCACAGGCAGCGACAGUAUGAGUAACAUCAGCAAACGCAUUCAGGAGAUGCAUCCAGGAACGGAAAUAUACAGCAUCCCGAGAUACGCUGGUUGGAGCAGUUUAGAGCCCAUGUGGCGACAGAUAGAGGAAAUUGGUGAAGAUAUCAUGGCUAUUGGUGCAGCUUUUCCGGGUGGCAUCAAUCUCCUGGGCUAUAGCCAGGGAGGAUUGAUAGCAAGAGCCAUUCUCCAGAGAUUCCCCGAGCACAAUGUCAGAAAUUUCAUUUCCUUAAGCUCACCACAGGCCGGACAGUACGGAACAAAAUUUCUCCAUUUAUUCUUCCCUGAUCUAGUCUGCGAGACUGUCUAUGAAUUAUUUUACUCGAAAAUUGGACAGCACACUAGUGUUGGAAAUUACUGGAAUGAUCCAUUUCAUCAGGAAUUAUAUUUCCAAUACAGUGAAUUUCUCCCGCUCGUAAAUGGCGAAAAGAAAUUGGUCAAUGGUACUCAAUACAAGGAUGGCCUCACUAAGUUGAAAAAAUUGGUACUGAUCGGAGGACCCGACGACGGAGUGAUAACCCCGUGGCAGAGCAGUCAAUUCGGAUAUUUCGGUGAUAAUACAACAAUUCUCGAUAUGCGAAACAGAUCGAUCUACGAGACCGACGCAAUCGGCCUCAAAACACUAGACAAACUCAAAAAAAUUAUCACCCACACUGUCCCAGGGAUUCCCCAUUCUAUGUGGCAUGAAAACCAGACAGUCACUGAUCUCUACAUUAUACCCUAUUUAGAUUAAUCCGCGAUUACUCAAGUACUAGUACAAUUCAAUCAACGGGCGGAAAGACUGCUUUUACUUUACGAUUUUUCAAUUUUACUGCCAAUCAUUUUUAUAAAGCGUCGUCCAAGGAUUAUUGAAAUUUUUGUAAAU